UGGACAGACGUAGCAGACGAAUGUGAGAGGUUCCUCGGCAAGAAGCAGUUCUGUGGAGUUCAGGUUUCACCUCCAAAUGAACACGUUGUGGUCACACACCCCAUGCGUCCGUGGUGGGAAAGGUAUCAACCGGUCAGUUAUAAACUUCACAGCCGGGGAGGAACCGAGGCUGAAUUCAAAGAUAUGGUCACUAGAUGUAAAAACGUAGGAGUCAGGAUUUACGUGGAUUCCGUGAUAAAUCAUAUGGCAGGACUAGGAAGGACAGGUCAAGGUUCGGGAGGCACCUCCUUCAACUCUGACAAUUACGAUUUCCCGGGGGUGCCGUAUAGAAGGGAGCAUUUCAAUUCUAGGAAUAAGUGCCCUUCUCACGAUGGUAAUAUUAAUAAUUACGGAGACCCUAACAAUGUCAGGAACUGUUUCCUUGUGGGACUCACGGACUUGGAUCAAAGUCAGGAAUAUGUCAGAAACAAAAUAGCGGAGUUUUAUAACCACUGUAUUGAUCUAGGGGUAGCGGGAUUCAGGAUAGACGCUGCAAAGCACAUGUGGCCAGGAGAUAUCAAAGCCAUUCAAGACAGAACGAAGGAUCUUCCAGAGGGAGGCAGGCCGUUUUUCUAUCAUGAGGUGAUUGAUCUAAACGAUGGAGCAAUUAAAGUAAGUGAAUACACUGGUCUUGGUUACGUGACAGAAUUUAGGUAUUGUCCAAAGAUUGCAGAGGGAAUACGUAAUUUUGGAAUGCUUCACACAGUUUAUGAUCCGGGUUGGGGAAUGACUGACAGUUCUCAUGCCUUUGUUUUCGUUGAUAACUAUGACAACCAAAGAAGAGGGGACCGGAAUAUCAUCACUCAUAAAUCACCACGUGAUUACAAAAUGGCGGUUGCUUUCACCCUGGCAUACAACUAUGGUUUUACCCGUGUCAUGAGCAGUUAUUAUUUCCAAAGCUCGGAUGAGGGACCUCCCCAUAACUCUGACUACUCUGCAAAAGACGUUACCAUUAACGCUGACGGUUCCUGUGGUAAUGGAUGGGUAUGUGAACACAGAUGGAAUCCAAUAGCCAACAUGGCGGUCUUCAGGAACGCAGUAGCAGGAACUGAGAUAAAGAACUGGAGGAAUCAAAAUGAUGAAAUUUCUUUUGCUCGAGGACAGAAAGGUUUCUUUGCUAUGGCCAAACAAGGUCACAUGGACACAAUCCUCCAAACUGGUUUACCUACAGGGGAAUAUUGCGACCUGGUCUCAGACUGCAAGAAGAAGAUCACGGUAGAUGGAAGUGGUACUGCCCACGUCAUCAUUGACAAUAGCGCUGAGCCAAUGGUAGCAUUUAUUGUUGAUGGACCAACAGCCCCCGGGGAUAACUUUUUAACUCUUUAUCCUUUGGCAACAACUUUGCCUCCUGUAUCUAUAACACUGCAUAUUGUGUUUUCUACCAGAGGAUCAAUAGUUUCCCCUACUACAGGAUCAAUAGGCUUAUCUACCACAUCUAGCCCAAGAUCAACUUUUACACCAGGAAACGGCACGUGGUCAAGAACUGUGAUUCUGUUUGAGAAAAUGACGAGAAACGGGGAGGAUCUUUUUAUUGAUGGCGGAAUUAGUCAUGACCAUAGGCAGGGGUGUACUACUACUGCCGCGACAAGUGUGUGUGCAAUUCCAAUCAAGUACAAUGAGGAACCCUCCUUUUACAAGUCUUUUAAUGCCUGGAAGCAGGGCGACAAUUACCUGGACUGGUAUGGGCCGGAGGUUGGACAGGGAACUUAUCUGGGCAGACGGCCCACUGGAUCACCAACCGUGUGGACAACGAAUGACCGAAACAGCCAAUACUACAGUCCCCUCAACACAUAUGGUCCUCACUACUGGCUGUUGGAUGUAAUGAUGGAUUGUUCUAGUUCAGAGAAUGGUUGGUUUGAGUUUAAAUAUAAAAUAUACGGUCACUGGGAAGGAGCAGUACACAACCAACAUUGUGGAGACCCUUCCUAUCUCUCUGACAACCACAUGGCUAAAUGUGGCGCCAAAAAUGUCUUUCACCAGAAUGGGCAAUGUGAAAUAAGACUAAUUGACUAUCAACCACCAAAUCAAACGUCCAUUCAGGUACCAAUAUCAACAACUAGAGAACAAAGAACAACAAAUCAGGGGGAGAUAACAACUAGUAGUAAUCAGAUGACGACUUCUGCAGCAACUGCGAAACAAGCAUCUUGUGAUAACUGCGAAAAUUUACUGACGUCACAAUGCGCCAAUAAUUUUCAGCCCUGCAGUGGAGUGUGUAUGCUUCAAAGUCAAGCAAACAUAAUUCAAUCAAAAUGUAUCAGGGAAUCGGAAUGUAAAUACAAACAAACCCUGGGACUGUUGUUUCCUGGAAGGAGCACGAUUUGUUGCAAUACAGACGAUUGUUUUCAAAAGGAAUUGUUCCACAUACUACAAGGUUAUAUUGCAACAAAUACGAGAUCUACUAAAGUUCUGGUUACCAUCAAGAACUGAUGUCAUUGUGUCCCACCAAAAAUUACACGAUUUAAAACUCAUUACAUUUAAAACAAAUCG